AAUCUUUCCGCUUCUCACAACACGACGCACAUAAUAAUCAACAGAAGAGGGCCCCAUCCUUAUGCAACCACGACUAAUCGUCCGCUCUACAAAACACGACGUACAUAAUAAUCAACAGAAGAAGCCCCCAGCCUCAUCGACUGGACUUCAAAACGCCCGCAGAACUCUCAAAAUCCUCACUUGAGCACGGGAGAUAAUCGCGAUGGCCGAUGCCAAGCUCCUGUUCAUCCCGACCCCUGGCCUGGGCCAUCUCGUAGCAAUGGUCGAGAUGGCCAAGCUCAUCGUUGACCGCGACCCCCGCCUCUCUGUCACCGUCCUGCUCAUGAAGUAUCCCUUCGACUCCGACGUCGACUCAUACACUAAUUCCCUCGCCACCUCCGGGGCUUCCCCUCGCCUCUGCUUUGUCCACCUCCCGCGUGAUAAUGACGACUCUCAAUCCUCCUCGGCCCAUUUCCUCACCAACUUCGUGGAAAGCAACAAGCCCCGUGUUAAGAGAGCCGUUGCCGAGCUUGCUGACUCGGCCGGCUCAACUGGGCGCCUAGCAGGGUUCGUCCUCGACAUGUUCUGCACCACCAUGAUUGACCUGGCGGACGAGCUUGGAGUCCCGUCCUAUGUCUUGUUUACAUCGAGCGCUGCAUUCCUCGGCAUGAUGCUGCACCUCCAGUCGCUGCAAGACGAGCACCAUGUGGACAUAACCGAAUACAAGGACUCGGCCGCCGAGCUGGACUUCCCGAGUCUUACGAACCCAUUGCCAGCCAAGGUCUUACCUGGCCUGGUUCUGUUGAAGGAGACCGUCCGACCGUUCCUGGGGCACGCCAAGAGGAUGAGAGCGGCCAAGGGAAUUAUUAUAAAUACAUUCGACGAGCUCGAACCUUAUGCGCUGAGUCUGGCAGGACUUGGGGCGCCCGCUGUGUACCCCUUGGGGCCCAUCCUGAAUCUGAAGGGUGAGACUAAAACAAAGGCCUGCGGUGGCCGCCAAGGCAAUGACAUCAUGGAGUGGCUUGACAAGCAACCGCCUUCAUCGGUGGUUUUCCUGUGCUUUGGGAGCAUGGGGAGCUUAGGCGAGGAGCAGGUGAAGGAGAUGGCCUGCGCGUUGGAGCGAAGCGGGCAUCGCUUUCUGUGGUCCCUGCGACAGGCGCCGCCGAAGGACAGGGUUUGGUUCCCAAGUGACUUAGUGGACCCUACUGAGGCCUUGCCCGAGGGGUUCUUGGACCGGACGGCCACCAUCGGGAAAGUGAUUGGAUGGGCUCCACAAGUUGCUGUCUUGGCCCACCCAGCAAUUGGGGGGUUCGUGUCGCACUGCGGAUGGAACUCCGCACUAGAAAGCAUACGGUUUGGUGUGCCGAUGGCCACAUUGCCCCUCUACGGGGAGCAACAAUUUAAUGCGUUCGAAUUGGUGGUGGAGCUGGGCGUUGCAGUGGAGAUCAAGAUGGACUAUCAGAGGCAUCCUCGAAGGGAUCCCCGCUUGGAGAGUGAUUUCGUGGUGACAGCAGACGUAAUAGAGGGUGGAAUAAAGAAGUUAAUGGAGGAGGUCGACAGUGACAGGAGGAAGAAGGUGAAUGAGGCGAGUGAGAAGAGUAGGAUGGCGGUGAUUGAGGGUGGCUCUUCUUACUUGUCUUUGGGUUGUUUGAUUGAGGACAUCUUGAAUAAUAUGCCUUAAUUUAGGUGACCGCAACGGUUUAGCCGUUCUAAUCUAUGCCUGUUGAAUAAAAGAAGUUGCUUUCGUUGUACUAGAUCAAUUGGUCCUCGUUAAAGUCGGCUUACCAGGGAAAUUUCUGAUAAAUCUGCUGCUACA